UAAUGGCGGCGGGGGGUGGGGGAGCAGCGCGCACCGCGGGGGGCGGAGGCGGGCGGCGGCGCCAGCCCGUGCGGGAGGCCGGAGCGGCGGGGACGGGCUUAAUCUGUCAGGACCUGCAGUAAAACAACUCCACAAAAAGAGGCGGCUUCAGAACAGAAAUGAAUAUCUGGAGGGCUUAUAACACCUUUAACAGCAGCAAUGGAACAGAUCUAACUAUUGGCUUUACGUCUUCUACAGUAGCUGUCCUUUUAUUCGGGACAAACUUCGUGCCUGUUAAGAAAUUUGAUACUGGUGAUGGCAUGUUUUUCCAAUGGAUUCUCUGUGCUUCCAUAUGGAUAGUUUCUUUGGUGGUCAAUCUAAUCCAAAACUGCCCCCGGUUUUGGCCUCUGGCUAUGGUUGGGGGUUUUGUGUGGGCUACAGGCAAUGUUACAGUUGUCCCUAUUGUUAAAACCAUUGGCUUAGCUCUUGGUCUUUUGAUAUGGGCUUCCUUUAAUUUGCUAACAGGCUGGGCAAGUUCAAGGUUUGGUUGGUUUGGAAUUGACCCAGAAGAGGUAUCAAGACCAAUUUUAAAUUAUAUUGGAGCUGGACUUUCAUUGUUAAGUGCUGUCAUAUUCUUUUUUGUAAAAACUGAAGUGCAGAGUUCUUCAGCUUCAUUAGAAAGCAGCCCAUUACUGAGAGAAAGUUCUAUUAAUCUUUCUGAAAAUAAUUCUGAUGACUCAUGGGUGAACAGACUGUCUCCAGCAAGAAAGAGAGCCAUAGGAUGUAGCCUGGCUGUAGUAGCUGGAAUACUCUAUGGUUCCAGUUUUGUACCUGUACUUUACAUCAAGGACCACGGAAGAAGAAAUGGAACAAUAUACGCAGGAGCAAGUCAAUUUGAUUUAGAUUAUGUUUUUGCACACUUUAGUGGAAUCUUUCUUACAAGUACCAUAUACUUUUUGAUCUACUGCGCAGUCAGAAGAAAUAAACCUCGUGUUUAUCCCCAAGCCAUACUGCCAGGGUUUGUUUCUGGUGUGCUUUGGGCAAUAGCCAAUUGCUGCUGGUUCAUAGCCAAUCACUACCUCAGUGCUGUGGUCAGCUUUCCAAUAAUUACCACAGGUCCCGGUCUUGUUGCUGCAAUGUGGGGAGUCCUCGUAUUUAAAGAAAUCAAGUAAACUGAAGAGACUGACUGUGGCUGCUUCUGAGCAAACCAUGGUAGAUGGCAGGAGUAGACCUGUGAUGAGGGAACCAAGACUGUGCAUUUCAGACCUCUCUAAUGUCCAAAAUCUGACUGUUCACCUUAAGCAAUUGACACCUCCAAUAUUUAUAUCAUUUAAAUGAUAGUUCUCAAAUAUUAAGUCAGUAAAUAUGUGCUGAGAAGGCUGGAAUUUCAGGUAAAAAUUGCCUGUCAAUCUAAAUAUUUUUCUUCUAACUGACUUGUAGGCUAUCCUUGAAGAACAAAUGAUUGAAAGAAAAUUCCCAGGAAAAAUACAAGCUAAGAGCAAAGUGUGGCCAGUAUAAAGAUGUCUAAUUACUAAGUUUUGACAUGUGCUUUCCCAUCUGAAAACUUGAUAGUGUAUGUUAAAACUGCUGCCUUCAGUUUCUAAUUUUCUUUCAUAGUAGAGACACCCAGAUUUUUCCAAUUCAACAGCUUUCAAAUUAUUUAGUUCUGUAUAAAGCAUGAAUUAUCAAGUAUGCGUAAAUUACAAGUGCUCUUACAGUGAAAAAUAUUCACUUCACUAGAAUCUUGUAAAUGAAACAUGAGCACUUAGUACAAGAACUGCAUUCUUAUUGAGAGUCUGCUUUAAAAAUCCGAAUUUCUGAUUUUCAUGUUCACUUAUCUUCACCCUAUCUUCACUUACAUUGUGAUCUAAAUAUUUGCUAUUUUUUUUGAUUGCCAAAACUACCAAUCAAAUAGUAAUAAAAUAAGAAAAAUAAGAAAAAAUUUUGAAGCAUGCUCCUUAUGCACUUUUUAUUCUGAUUCAUGAUGAAUCUUCAUGAUUUUAACAUUACUUCAUGAUUUUAAAAGUGGUGAAAAAAAGACUUAGCAGUAUAUAUAACACAAUGAUAGAACUCCAUCACAAAACUUUUCUCCUUUCUCCAGUAGAUUUCCUAUUUGACUUUUUUUAAUUUGCUUUCAUUUACUAGUUGAUGAUUAUGAAAAAGUGUAAAUCAAUAAAAUAAGAUAAUUACUUCUUUCACCUUCCUAAAUAGAGUAUUUCUGUGAGUUUGAAGAGAUGGUUCUCUAAAACAGAACAAAGGUGGGUAUUGAAAAACAGAAGCUCACUUCUACUUUGGCCAUUUUUGAAAGAUUGCUUCAAAUUUUUAGAAACUAUUCCUUUUUGAUUUCACUAUGCUUCAUAGUUUUAAUACUAUUUUUACAUAGGAUUUUGAGCAGCUUCUAGCACUGAUUUUUCCUGUCUUGUUUUUUUUUAAUGUAGUGAAAGUCAGAAUUUUUGAAGACUAUGAACUCUGUACUUAAGAGCAAAAGAAGAACUUAUGCCAAGCGAAAUUCAGACAAAAAAUUGCUGUUCCUAAUUAAAUUGAGGCCUCCCUCAAAAAGGCACUAGUCUAGUUUGUUGUGUGUGAUACUGUAUUGUCUAGAAAGAAAAAAUAAGAUUCAGAUAGUGUGGUUUAUGUGGAAGAAAAAGCCACAAUGAGAUUCCUCAAGCUAGGAAUGCAACUAGGAAUCCACAGAGAGUUUGCAAACCUGUUAGAUGUUCACUCUCCCUGCAGUCAGAGCAGAAGACAAAGGGAAGGGCAGAGAUCUGCAACGGAAGUUACAAUUUACAGCUCAAUUCUUUUAUUCUUCUCUAUAGAAUAGCUUCAGAUUUCUGAGUGGGGGAAAAAAACCUUUCUUUCUUCUGCUACCAUAGACAUAGACUUCUUACCUUUUUAUUGACAAGCUUAAUGUCAAUUUACCAAGAGGAGAUGAGAAGUCAGCCAAUGAGUGAACACUAAAAUACUCAUUAAUGCAUUAACAGAUCUAGCCACUUGUCUUUGCUGCUGCUAGCUAAGAUGCUGAGCUUGAAAAAGGCUGAAUCAGUUUUAGUCUCUGAUUUUGCCCCAGAUAUAUAGGAAACACUGGCACAGCAGUUUCCAAUGCUGUGAAUCCACCUAACUUCAAGUGUUUCCAUCUCAAGACACAAGAUGUGCAGGUGAUGAGGUUAUGCAGCAAGAACUUGAUGAGCCACAUUAGCAGAGGCUGAAGGCAGGGAAAAGAGAUCACCAGUAAAAAACAGAAGUCACAGGAGAUGCAUUACAUCAGGUACUGUAUCUUACUUGUUUGUCAAGCAAAGAAUCAAACCCAUUUUAGCAAUUACGAAUUCUCAGGAAGGAUUUGUCCUGUGAAUAUAGAGAUUAUCAACUUACCUGUAUUUGCUUAAAAAAAAAUACUGAAUUUUAAUUACAGCAAUGGUGUUUCUUUGUUCUGAUGCUAUGUAUAUUAGGAAUUCUAUUCCUAGAUGAGAAAUCGAACUUCAUUUUGCUGACAAAAAUGUGUUUUCUGCUCUAACUAUACUAUAUGUUAGAGUUGGAAUACUAUUAUAGACAUAAAACAUGAACUGGUUGAAAAAGCAAAGGGUAGUAAUGUUAUUUCUUAUGAAAAGAAUAACUUGUCUGAACUCUAAUAGAACUCUCUCUGUAUUCGGUCAGUAGGUUGGAAUGAUUAUGUGAGGUGAGGUUACAUAGCUAUACACAUGUUCUCUGUCAGGCAAGCCAGUUCUGAAGUAUUUUUUGAAUUUAAAUCAUGUAGUUCCAGCCCCGCUGUUUAUGGUGUUUUGAGCUCAUCUCAAUAACGGGGAGUCUGUUAAAUGUUGCACUCAGGAAAACUAAACAUCUGAAAAAUAUUAAUUUCUUAAUGUACAGAAUGAUCAUUACUAGCUGCAAAAUCACAGUUACUUCUGGGAAUGCUCCAUGUUGGUAAAGUGAGCCUUGCAGUAAGUAAGUACAACUGCUGAGAUAAUUAGAAUUUGAAACUUGAAGCUUAAGGUUAACUUCAUUAUAAAGACAGAGAGAUGAGAUGUUGAGACAUUUAUUUGAAUCCAUGCAUAAUAAACAGAAAUGGUCACAUGCUUAUGCAACUGGAAGAAAAAGAAACCUUGAGCUGGUCGACAUCACCAGGAAGGUAAUUGAUAAAAUAAAGAUGUCUUCAUUGUGCCAGGUAACUUAUGAACCAGUAAUCAUCUGUUUCUCAAGGCCUAUUAUAUUUUUCACUCUGAAAAUGUACCUGUUUCAGAAAUGCACCUAUUUCAGAAAUCAAGUACCUGGAUCUACUUUGGAUCAAUAGAAAAACUAGAGUUCUUAAGCUGGUGAUGAAGUAUGACAAAUAUUAAAGUAAAUUUUUCUUUCAAUAAUAAAAAAGUAUCUUCUGUUCAAUGUUACUUUUUUCUUUUUUAAUGCACUU